GGCGGCUGUUGCAAGGACUUGUAAGAUCCAGGAACAGUUUUCCUCAUUUGCUGAGUACAGUUAAUCUCCACCAUGGGGAAAGGCGAGAAAAAGGGCAAGAAAGGAACCAAGAAAAAGAAGGGAAGUAAAAAGUCUCAGAAAGACAAGAUGACAUUUGCAGAAGCUCUUCUGGCUUAUCAAAUUCAGAUGAAGGAGAGUCGGAUCGAAGAGCUGCUCACCGAGCUGAAGCAAAUGGAGGAAAAGAAUGUGAGAUAUAAAGAAAGGAACGAGCGCUUAAAAACCGAGCAAUCCGUGCAUGUUAAGGAGCUGCUGAGCGAGGCAAAGGCCCAGGAAAAAGAAGUGGAAAAGAAAGAAGUCGUCAACAGAGAACAAGUAGAUGAAGUGAUAAAAGAGAAGUGGCAAUAUAUCCGACAGCAGGAAAUUCUGUUUGAAGAGCUUCGCAGUGAGAUAAAUGGUCUGGAGCAGAAGAUUAUGUUAGCAGAAGCAGAGAAGAAUUACUGGCUGCAGUAUAAGAAUGUGGGAAGCUGGGAACAUGCCAGACAGAUCCAACACUUACAGGAAGAAAUCAGCAACAUUAAACAGAACUUCACUGAAAUAGACGAAUAUUUCAAAAGAAACCUGGAGAAGACAAGACUUGACAUAGAUAGAGAAACAGAGAUGAAAAUGGAUCAAACCAGAGAGAUGGCGACACAGGACGCAGUAAACAACAUUGAUGAUGAGAGUCGGAGGGAGAUUAAGGAGAACGAAUGGUUAAAGCGAGAGGUUGAUAUCUACAGCAAAGACAUUCGCGAUCUGGAGGCGUCUGUCCUUAAAACCGAGCAAGAAAAUUUGCAAUUAAUAAAUCAUCUUUUUGAUUGCCGACUUGAUGACCUAAAAAAAUCAAGGAACACAUUCUUGACUCAGGUGGUCAGCCUGGAUCUCCUGGCGGACGGCUUACUAGGAGAAGACUUUGCCAAACUAGACUUGGACACGACUUCAGGAGCAGAUGAAAGAUGUAAUAAUGAGACGCUCACAGAGGCGGGGGACAACCUAAUCUAUGCAAACAGAAAGGAGAUGAACCCCCCUACAAUUCUGGGGCUCAAUCAUCCACUACACGAGGAGGAGGAGGAAGGCUUCAAGGAGUCAUCACAAGCGGGCCCCCUGGAGCUGAAGUUGUUAAGCGUUAUGGGACAAACCAAGCCGAUACACAAGCAGAGCGCGGACACAAAACUUCCAGAGCAGUCAGACAGCAGAGUUAAGUGGCCGCUAACACAGAGGAUGAUAAAAUCCACCUUCCCGUAACCAGCUAAACAUAAAGUAAUAGUACCGCCAUCAUUCAUCAGACACUGGUAUAUGGAUGCUGGGACAACCACAGGAAGGAACGUGACCGCUGCACUAUUCCAAUAUAGAAGCCUGCAUGAUGACUGUUUCCAAGGAUUGCAUGAACGCUUACAGGCUGACCAAAGAGGAAGCGCCCGAGGAUUAUGUGACGGUAUAGAAUUUACUGGCAGAGAUGACCCAUGGGUGACUGAUACUGCAUGGCUGUGAUGUGCAUUCUGCAGGGCGUGGUACUUCCACAAGGCGACCAUCUUUUAAAGGGGUGACACAAGACUAGAAAAACAAGGCUGAACUCCACUGAAGGGAACGUUGUGGAGUUGCGGAUCCCACAAUGGGGCACAGAGCGGGCGUAGCACCACAUCACUCUUCAUUGAUUUUUUUUCCUU